CUUCUCGACGCCUCUGAUCGGGUCAUAGCAGUUCUAGGGGGGGUUCCUCCAGGUUCCGUUGGUGAAGAAUGGCGGACUGUGGUGGAGGAGGCUAGUAAGGCUGUGGAAACCUUCCGGGAGAGCAGCUCGUUCACCAAGGCACAACAACACGGGCGUCGAGGAGAUUUUGCAUUUCGAACUGUUGGAUUUGGGUACGGGAAUGGGCGCAAACAGCCGUUGAAUUAUCGUGUCAACGGUGAGGCUAACAAGAGGGCGGUGGAGGAUCUUCUUAGAAACCCUGCAAUACAGCGGAUAGCAGGGUUUCAACAAUCGGUGUUUAACUCUUAUUCACACAAGACUUUUAUGGAAUACCAGAAGACCAACGAGCAACUCCUUCGGCAACAUCCUCAUCUCCGGGCGAACUUUCCUAACACAGCCUAUGCCGCGUUAACCGUUAAUGCUGGCCCCCAAUCGUUCUCGCCCCCUCAUCAAGACCCUGACAACACCGUUCAUGGGUGGUGCGCCGAUACUCCCCUUGCAAAGUACAACCCUGACCUUGGGGGUCAUCUCGUGCUUUGGGAGCUCCGCCUCGCCAUUCGUUUCCCGCCAGGGUCCACUAUCCUUUUCCCUUCUGCUCUCAUCACCCACUCGACUGUGCCGAUCCAACAGGGGGAGACCCGGUUUGCUUUGCUUCAAUAUUCUUCUGGCGGGCUUUUUCGUUGGGUUGCAAACGGAUUUCAAUCCGACAAGUCGUUCAUGUCUAAGGCUAGCAAGGAAGAGGUUAAGGAACGAGAAGUGAGCCGUCUACGUCGAUGGAAGGUAUCAUUGAGUAGAUUUACUAGAUGGGGGGACUUGCUCCGAGGAGAUUGGAAAGGUAUCCGUAGGACAGAGGCAGGGCUGGAUGAUUUAAGUGAUCUUAGCAGUUGUGAAACAGUAUCUGUAUCUUCAGCUAAACAUAGACGUAUUUAA